CAUGUAUUAUUCUAUAUGUUUUGUAUGCGGUGGUGCUGGAGAUCUAUGAUGUAGUAUUAUAUAAGAUUGAUGCAAGAAACACAAAAAACAGAAGAGACAACGGGCGUGCAUGAAAAAACAACUAAAAUUGAAAAGGAAUAUUCAUUCCCCCUUCGCUCUCUCUCACUCCAGAUUUUUUUUUUAUUUUUUUUUUAUGGAGUUUGUUGGAAGUGAUUAUGGUGGACAAGGUUCAUCAUGUUCAUGGAGGUUUUUAACAAGAAGGAAAAAGGUUGACAAUUCUCAUGUUGAGAAUAUCAACAAGAACUCUCAUGGAGUACAACUUGCUAAGGAGUUAACUGUUCCUGAUCUCAUGGCAAUUGGUGUCGGUGCAACAAUAGGUGCUGGUGUAUACGUUCUAGUUGGAACAGUGGCAAGGGAACAUGCUGGACCAGCAUUACCACUUUCAUUCAUGGUAGCUGGAAUAGCAGCAGCUCUUUCAGCUCUUUGUUAUGCUGAGUUGGCCAGUCGUUUUCCUUCUGCUGGAAGUGCUUAUCAUUAUGCUUACAUAUGUCUUGGUGAAGGGGUUGCUUGGUUGAUUGGCUGGUCCUUAACUCUGGAAGUUGUGAUUGGUGGAGCUGUUAUUGCUCGUGGCAUAACCCCCAAUUUGGCUGCACUUAUUGGAGGUAUGGACAACUUGCCAGGAUUUUUAUCAUAUCAACAUAUUCCUGGGAUUGAUAUUGUUGUAGACCCACUUGCAGCAAUUGUGGUAUUCAUUGUUACUUGGAUCCUAUGUACCGGGAUCAAAGAGAGUGCAAUGAUACAGAGUAUAGUGACAUCAAUGAAUAUAUGUGCUUUGAUGUUUGUCAUAGUAGCUGGUGGUUAUUUGGGAUUCAAAACUGGAUGGAUUGGAUAUGAACUUCCUAAAGGGUAUUUUCCAUUUGGGGUAAAUGGAAUGGUUGCUAGUUCUGCAACAGCCUUUUUUGCAUACAUAGGUUUUGAAGCAAUUGCCAGCACUGCCGAAGAGGUGAAAAAUCCUCAAAGAGAUUUGCCAAUUGGAAUUGCAGCUUCAUUGUCUCUAUGUUGUGGAUUGUAUAUGAUAGUAUCUAUUGUUGUUGUUGGUUUAGUACCUUACUAUGAUAUCAAUCCUAACACCCCCAUAUCUUCUGCUUUUGCCGUCAAUGGAAUGCAAUGGGCAGCAUACAUUAUAAAUGCUGGGGCUCUUACAGCACUAUGCUCAUCAUUGCUUGGAACAAUGUUGCCCCAGCCAAGAAUUUUGAUGGCUAUGGCAAGGGAUGGACUAUUGCCACCAUUUUUUUCUGACAUAAAUAAGCACAGCCAUGUUCCUGUUAAGAGUACCAUUGUCACUGGCCUUGUUCCUGCAGCCUUGGCAUUUUUCAUGGAUGUCUCUCAACUUUCUGGGUUGGUUAGUGUAGGCACUCUUAUUGCAUUCACAAUAUCAGCAAUAACUGUGUUGAUAGUCAGAUAUAUACCACCAAUUGAAGUUCCAUUGCCCCAUUCUCGACAAGAACCAAUUGAUUCUGAGUCAAUGGAGUAUAGUUGGAGCCAUUUGGAGACAAAUAAGAAUGAUGCAAACCGGAAACCCUUAAUUGUUAAAGAAGAUGCGUCAACUGAUUAUCCCCUUAUUGCUAAAUAUCUUGCAAUAGACAAAUAUAAUGGUAAUAGGAAAAAAAUAGUUGGCUGUGUAAUAGCAUCCAUAUGUUUAGGUGUAUUUGUCCUUACAUUUGCAGCUUGUUCUGCAUAUCUUCUCAGUUCUGUUAGAUUUACAUUAUGUGGAGUUGGUGGCAUUCUUCUUUUAUCUGGCUUUGUCUUCCUAACAUGUAUAGAUCAAGAUGAUGAAAGACACAACUUUGGAAGCACUGGAGGUUUCAAAUGUCCACUGGUGCCUCUUCUGCCUAUAACUUGCAUUCUUAUCAAUUCCUAUUUACUUAUCAGUCGCGGGGGUGCUACUUGGUUGCGAGUAUCUGUAUGGCUAGCAAUAGGUGUUAUUAUUUAUGUAUUCUAUGGUCGAACCCAUAGCUCUCUAAGAGAUGCAGUUCAUGUGAAGGCUGCUCAAGAUAAUACCACAAGCCUUCUUGCUUAAUUAUACAAGUCUUUCUCAUUAGGGCAAACAUCACACCAAGUGGGUCUUACUUGUAUCCCAAGCCAAAGAAAAUAUUGCCACUUCAAUAGUGGUAUAUAUAAUCAUUGAACAUGAAAUGCAAAAAUAUUAUUUAUGGUUUAUAGGUCAUUCUCAUAGUUUUUUUUUUUCUUACAGAAGAAGAAAUUGAUCAUUUGAAUCAUUGAAUUUAAAAACUUACACCAUAGUGACUUUUUGAAUGGAA